CAGUUGAUCAGGGAAAGCGACGUGGAUCGCAUUGCGGUGUGAAAUAGAGCCGUAGAAAAAGACGAAAAUGACAACAAGAAGGGGCCAAGAACUAGAUGCUAUGCUUAGUGAAAUGCAAAAUUGGUUCGAAACUAAUCCCAAUCUACCCGAAAAGAUAGAACCAAUUGUACUGCACCGUUUCCUCAAGUGUAUGCACUAUGAUGUUGAGAAGACGAAAACUAUCAUCGAGCUUAACUAUGGACUCCGCAAUAAGAAUCCCCAUAUAUUCAUAGAUCGCAACAUGGACGACGAGCAGACAUCGAAGGGUCUUCAAGUAUCAGAUCUCCUCAUACUGCCGGGCUUAACACCCGAACGCCACAAGGUCUUAUUAUUUCGCAUGGCUGACUUCGAUCCGAGCACGCGCAACAGCGUAGAGGAAACUAAAAUCUUUUUUAUGAUGACCGAUGCACGCUUUACGGAACCGGACAUUGAGACGAGAGCCGAAGAUCAGAAUGAAAAACCUGAUUUUGCUGAUACGUAUAUUGCGGAUGGCGAUGUACAGAUUGUCGAUAUCGAUGGUUAUACGAUGCGACAUCUGGCCUACAUAUCGAUCUUUGUGCUGCGCGUCUAUAUGAAGUUUGUGCAGGAGGCAUAUCCAUCUCGUCUUCGAGCUAUACACAUCAUCAAUUGUCCGUCGUUUCUGGAUCGCAUGAUGGCCAUGAUGAAGCCUUUCAUACGCGAGGAAGUCUACCAAAUGAUUAACUAUCAUACCGAAGGCAUGGAUAGUCUCUAUAAAGUGGUGCCUAGGGAUAUGCUACCCGUGGAGUAUGGGGGUAAAGCUGGUACAAUAGCCGAAAUCAAGACACAUUGGUUACGUCACUUAAAAGAAAAGACCGCAUAUCUCAGCGAUGAUAAAUAUUGGAAGAUAGCCUCGCAAAGCAAAAGUCGUUGGUCUCUGUUUUAAAUUUCAAUAGUACGAGUAUCUAUUGCCGAAUUGUGAUUAUUAACUUAAGUUUGGAAAUAAUAAUAUCUUCCAUAUAGUAGAAGUGCCUUACCAUAU